AUGGCGCAGACUCUGGACACCAAGAGGAAAGUCUGUUCUUACUACGAUGGUGAUGUUGGAAACUACUGUUAUGGACAAGGCCACCCGAUGAAGCCUCACCGAAUCUGGAUGACUCACAAUUUACUGCUCAACUAUGGUCUCUACCGAUAAAUGGAAAUCUAUCUUCCUCACAAAGCCAAUGCUGAGGAGAUGACCAAGGACUAUAGUGAUGACUACAUAAAAUUUUUGCGUUCCAUUCGCCCAGAUAGCAUGUCUGAGUACAGCAAGCAGAUGCAGAGAUUCAACGUUGGUGAGGACUGUCCUGUAUUUGAUGGCUUGUUUGAGUUCUGUCAGCUGUCUACUCGUGGCUCUGUGGCAAGUGCUGUGAAAUUUAAUAAGCAGCAGACAGACAUCGCUGUGAACUGGGCUGGGGGUCUGCAUCAUGCAAAGAAGUCUGAAGCAUCUGGUUUCUGUUACGUCAAUGAUAUCCUCUUGGCCAUCCUGGAACUGCUAAAGUAUCACCAGUGGGUGCUGUAUAUUGACAUUGAUAUUCACCAUGGCGAUGGUGUGGAAGAGGCCUUCUAUUCCACAGAUCGGGUCAUGACCGUGUCCUUUCAUAAAUAUGGAGAAUACUUCCCAGGAACUGGGGACCUACGGGAUAUCGGGGCUGGCAAAGGCAAGUACUACGCUGUUAACUGCCCCCUCCGAGAUGGGAUCGAUGACGAGUCCUAUGAAGCCAUUUUCAAGCCAGUCAUGUCCAAAGUAAUGGAGAUGUUCCAGCCGAGUGCAGUGAUCUUACAGUGUGGAUCAGAUUCCCUAUCUGGGGAUCGGUUAGGUUGCUUCAAUCUGACCAUCAAAGGGCAUGCCAAAUGUGUGGAGUUUGUCAAGAGUUUCAACUUGCCUAUGCUGAUGCUGGGAGGAGGUGGAUAUGUCAUCCGGAAUGUUGCUCAGUGCUGGACUUAUGAAACAGCUGUGGCCCUGGACACAGAAAUCCCUAAUGAACUGCCAUACAAUGACUAUUUUGAAUACUUUGGACCGGACUUCAAACUUCACAUCAGUCCUUCCAAUAUGACUAACCAGAACACUAAUGAAUACCUGGAGAAGAUCAAGCAGAGGAUCUUAAAGAACUUGAGAAUGCUGCCCCAUGCGCCUGGCGUCCAAAUGCAGGCAAUCCCUGAGGAUGUCAUUCCAGAGGAGAGUGGUGAUGAGGAUGAAGAAGACCCUGGCAAACGCAUCUCCAUCUGCUCCUCUGACAAACGGAUUGCCUGUGAGGAAGAAUUUUCUGAUUCAGAUGAGGAGGGAGAAGGUGGUCGCAAGAACUCUUCUAAUUUCAAAAAAGCCAAAAGAGUCAAAACAGAGGAUGAAAAAGAAAAAGAUCCAGAAGAGAAAAAGGAAGUCACAGAAGAGGAAAAAACCAAGGAGGAGAAGCCAGAAGCCAAAGGGGUCAAAGAAGAGGUCAAGUUAGCCUGAGCAAGAUCUGCAACUCUGGCAGCUUCCCAAUUUCUCAGAUUUUAUAUUUUCUAUUCCUCUGUGUAUUUAUAUAAAAUAUAUUAAAUAUAAUGUCUCCAAGGACUAGAUAGGAAC